AUGGUUGUCCACCGAACUAGUCAAGAGACAAAUGGUACAUUAACAAUAUUGUCAUCAUCAUCGAAAACAGCAGAGCCUUUUUCUAGAAUAAAUUCUACUAUACAAUCAUAUGAUUCGUACACAGUGGAAACGUGGCUUUAUUCAAUUGGUGGUGCAGGUGUUGUGGGUCUAACUGGAAUAUUGCCAAUACUUUUCUUACCAAAUAUUGAACACGGUUAUCAAUCAAAAAAACAGAAGAAUCCUGUGUUUGUACUACUAUUGAGUGUUGCUGUCGGAAGUCUGUUAGGAGACGUUUUUUUACAUUUGUUGCCUGAAACAUGGUCACGCGUUGGAACAGAUAAAUGGUCAACAAUUAUUAUCGGUGUGUCGCUGUUGAGUGGAUUUCUAUUUUUUAUGUUAAUUGAAAAAAUAUUUCCUGAUGCUAGUGAUCAACAAGAAGCCGAUGAAGAAAAUGUAUUUUCACAUAAAAGAGAUGAACCGCGCGUUGAUCAAACGUUAAGAAAAAGACAAACAACGAAACAGACAACUGGCUGGUUGAAUCUAUUAGCAAACAUGAUCGAUAAUUUCACACAUGGACUAGCUAUCGGAGGAAGUUUUGCUUUUAGCAACAAAGUUGGAUACACAACCUUAGUUAGUGUCAUUAUCCAUGAAAUUCCUCACGAACUAGGUGAUUUUGCCAUAUUAUUGAAAGCCGGCUUCACAAGAUGGGAUGCUGCUAAAGCUCAAAUCUUGACGGCAACCUCGGGAAUAUUCGGUGCUUUAUUUGCAUUGUACUCAAGUUCAAUCGUUGAUGCUGGUGCUCGAACAGUGUAUGUUCUUCCAUUUACAUCUGGUGGAUUUUUGUUUGUUGCACUAGUUAAAACGGUACCAGAUUUAUUGGAAAACAUAUCUUUACGUGACACAUUCUUACAUGUCAUUGGUAUUAUGGUUGGUUUAUCGACAAUGGCUGCGGUUGUCUACUUUUUUGAUUAA